GUGACGUCAUGUUGUUGCGCUAGGACUGCACGACCCAACAAGAAGCCUGUGGGUGGUGGUCGAUUCGUUCAGCCUUUUUACAGUAAAAGCAACUGAAUUAACUAGCACGCUAAUUUGGAGUAGCACUACCUUAAUCAGUUAAUUAAGCCCAGAUUUGUAGAGGCCAGACUAGCAUCCCAACUGGACCGCUACAAUGCAGUGAACCAAAUGGGUCGUUGUGUCUUUCUGUUCCUGCUGCUACAGACCCUGCAGACAUUGGCUGAAGAUGGCCAGUUGCUGUGCGUGUGUGAGGGCAGCGGCUGCCUCAACUCCCCCCAGUGCGAGGGCUCUCAGUGCUACUCGUCGGUGGCGGUCAGUAGCCAUGGGGCCGUAGUAACACGGGGCUGCCUGCAGGGAUCAGAGAAGACCCGUUUGAUCUGUUCUACGGCCUCCUCCCUCAGCCAUGCCCUGCUCUGCUGCUCCAGCUUCAUGUGCAACCGCAAUACUACCGCCAGCUCACUACUGCCCCUCCUCACUACAGCUCCCGAAGAAGAGCCUGUGAGGUAUCGUGUGGAGACUCUGGCCCUGUUUGUAUUGGGUCCAGUAGUGAUCCUAACCCUCCUGUCAGUCCUAUCUGUGUUGGGCUGCAGGAGGCUGCACCACGGCAGGCUACAGCGACUACAGGAGUUUGACCCAGAACAGGAUGCGAUUGACGGACUCAUCACCUCUAAUGUUGGGGACAGCACUCUGGCUGAGCUGUUGGACCACUCCUGUACGUCAGGCAGUGGUUCAGGCCUGCCCUUCCUGGUCCAGAGAACUGUGGCCAGACAGAUCAGCCUGCUGGAGUGUGUAGGUAAGGGGCGUUAUGGAGAGGUCUGGAGGGGUCAGUGGCAGGGGGAGAACGUGGCUGUGAAAAUCUUCUCUUCCCGAGACGAGAAGUCGUGGUUCAGAGAGACUGAGAUCUACAACACAGUGCUACUGAGACACGAGAACAUACUGGGCUUCAUGGCAUCAGAUAUGACGUCUCGGAACUCCAGCACCCAGCUCUGGCUUAUCACACAUUACCAUGACAACGGCUCGCUCUACGACUACCUCCAGAGGGUUCCCGUGGAGACGGGGGAGGGCCUAGCGAUGGCGACGUCGGUGGCGUGCGGUUUGGUGCACCUGCACACGGAGAUCUUCGGCACUGAGGGGAAGCCGGCCAUCGCUCACCGAGACCUGAAGAGCAAGAAUAUACUGGUGACCAAGGAGCUACGCUGUUGCAUAGCUGAUCUGGGCCUGGCAGUAACCCACUCCCAGUCAGACAACCAGCUGGAUGUAGGAAACAACCCCAAGGUGGGCACCAAGCGCUACAUGGCUCCUGAGGUGUUGGAUGAGUCCAUCCAGACAGACUGUUUUGAUGCCUAUAAGAGAGUGGACAUCUGGGCCUUCGGUCUGGUGCUGUGGGAGAUCGCUAGUAGAACCUACAGCAACGGUAUUGUGGAGGAGUACAAGCCUCCGUUCUAUGACCAGGUGCCUAACGACCCCAGCUUUGAGGACAUGAGGAAGGUCGUGUGUGUGGAACAACAACGACCGUUCAUCCCCAACCGCUGGUUUUCCGACCCUACCCUGUCUGCCCUGGUGAAACUGAUGAAGGAGUGUUGGUACCAGAACCCCUCGGCUCGCCUCACAGCCCUGCGCAUCAAAAAGACCCUGAACAAGAUCCAUAGCUCCCUGGAGAAAGGAAAGAAGUCGUGAGGAGAGGAAAGGAGGACGACUGCCAGAGGAGCGAUAGAAAGAAGGCAGGGAAGUAGAGAUGCCAGAUCAGAUGGACACAGCUGCUGCUACUGAACAUGAAUGUUGUUUUCCUUAUUGGCUGAAUGCUGAACUGAACUAGCUGGUCACUCAGUGUGAGAUGGUGUUACCGUAGCCUUACCCUGCUUUAAAGGCCUGUGCACGCUGCAGGGGUCAAGGCUGGGGCUCAGACCCUCUACACACACACGCACUUCUGCCCAUUUGUCGUUUCAAUGUUCAGCCAAUCAUAUUAUGUUGCUCUACUCAGACAAUCAGAUGUGUAUUCCAAUGUAGGUACACGCAUGAACGAACACACACACAAUAUUGAGUUCAGUUACACAGGAACAGAGCCAAUAGGAUCAAAUGAAUGCUGUGGUUGUGAACUCUAUAGUAAAAUAUUUAUGUAGUGUGCUUUAUGUGUAGGGUGGGACUAUGAUGAUUUGUAAUGUUAUGACUAGGAGUUCGGGAGUUGGUCUUGGUAAAGGAAAACUGAUUACAUUACAAGGAAACUUUAUGUACCCAUGUAAAUGCAGUUUUUUUGGCUAGUAAGACAUUGUGUAUUUACAAAGGAAGUCAGGAGACAUGCCUCCACAUGCUUUGAAUUGUGAGCUGUGAAUGCAUUACAGUUAUAAAUAUAGGAACCACAUACUGAUUCACUGUUGUAUGCUUUGUAGAAUUCCACCGUGCUCUUGAUUUAGCUCACACCCGCGCCAUGUUGGCAGAGUUUUCAACUUGGGGCCAAUUGACUGGUUUCAAGAGCUAUAAACUCUGCCUACCCAGAGUGCAGGGCCGGCUCUAGCCUUUGAGGCCCUAAGCCAGAUUUGGUUGUGGGGCCCCCCACCUCGCGACAAAACAUUUUAGUGGGCCCCCUCUUUACGGCAGAGAGUUUUUUUUUUUACGUGAUUUUCCUGUGUUCUAUAUAUUUCCACAGUAUGAGGUUGGAAUAAUACUGUGAACAUGAUGAUAAUGCCCUUUUAGUGUAGUAGCUGUUUGGAAUUUUGCCCUGUUUUGAUGGAAGGAAGUUUCGUCCUUCCAUGGUGACAUCACCAGGUGGUAAAUUAGUUAAUAGACCAAUAAGAAAGAGUUCCAAACCUCUCUGCCAAUAACAUUUUUAGUUGUCCACUCCCAGACAGUGCUAGUAAAGUUUUUUGCCUUGGAAAUUACUAGGAAACUAUUUUUGUUUGUUUUCAAUUAAAAUUGUCUAAAAUAAUCACAGGUACUUAAAGGUCUACUUCCGUAUUUUAGCAAUGAAGCCCUUUAUCUCUUUCCCCAGAGUUAGAUGAACUGGAUACCAUUUGUAUGUCUCUGCAUCCCGUAUGAAGUCAGUUGUAUCUACUAGCAUGUGCUAGUAUCCACGAGUUCACCUGACUAUGGGGAAGUAGAAAAGGUAUGAAAUUGUAUGCACUCACUACUGUAAGUCGCUCUGGAUAAGUGUCUGCUAAAUGACACACAAAAGGGGUCUCAUUGCAAAAAUCCCAUAGUAUGCCUUAAAUGUUACCCAGAAAGUAUUUGAUAUUGACAUAAAAAUGGCUGCAUUGAACCUCAGAAGUUUUGGGGCAGAGAAAAAACAUUAACACAUUUGACACAUUUUGCCAUGGGGUGGAGAUAUUUUUGCAGUUCUAAAGCUAAUUUCCUGUAAUUCUACACAUUGAAAUGACAUGUCAUGUUAAUGUGAUAUGAGUGAGAAUGACUUAACAAAAUCAAUGGGGCCCCCUUGGAGGUCAGGGACCCUGGGCAUGUGCCCUCGGUAUUUGGCCAAGUUUAGAUAGCUGGCUAGACUAGCUACCAAUCUAAACACUGUUAGCUGACAUAGUUAAUUGAGUGACUGACAUAAGAGAAACUGCUGUUGCACAACCACAUUUUUAAAUUGCAGCUGGUAUAUUCUUCUAUUCUUACUCUCAAUAAUAAGUCAAGACCCGGCUGAGUUCCUUUUCUGGGGGGAUCCAUAGGCCCUAAAUGACCACUUAUGCCUGGAAAUGGAAUUGCAGGAGUGUCAGGCAAGUUUAUGAUUCUGCUCACCCCAGGACCUUACCUGAUCAGGAUUAGUGGACAGGAUCGCCAAUGCAUAGGAAACAGACUCGUUCCUUUUGAGAGAAUGUUUUACAGGACAAGGCCAGGAUUAAAUCCGAUCUGCAGUAGCCUGGUUAGCUGAAAAACACAUUGCUCGUUAUGGGGAUCGGAUGUGUAACUGCUUUGAUUAGAUUGAAUCCUGACCUUAAAUUUGUAAGGAGCUGUCUGGAAAAUACAUGUCUUUGUCAUAGGGUUGUACUAGUUACAAGGUUUUUAAAGUUGAGCCCCCGAUAACUGUAAGGUGAUCUGUUUUCACACUGGUACUGAUGCUGCCCAGGUGUCGCUCAAUUAAGGUUCCAGGUAGAAGUUUCCCCUAACGACAUAUCUAUUAUCAGAUUACCAUACUACCCACAUCCUAACCUUAACCACUACGGGGAUGACAUAUCAGACCCUGUAUCAGACAACUUCUACCUACUCAAGGAGGUCAGGAGAGAACAUUUGUUUUAAGGGUAGAUUGGUGUAUUUCUAGGGGCUGGAUUAGAUCCGUAUCGCGGAAGAUCCACGUUUUAGCUCGAUUGAAAUUUAAAGGCAACGUCCCUGAGUUCUCGGAGAUUGUAUUCACGGUAAACGCCAUUGUCUCACGUCAGAUGGCAUCACUCCUCGGCGACACUCGUCCCUCAACCAAUAUCAGUGCAUGCCGAAUCGUCUCCCAUAUCCGAAGUAAGGCAAUGCUGCAUAUUUCGGCUCAAUCGGAAAUUACCUUUACAUUUAACUUAGAUCUACCACAAUAGGGAAUUAAUAUAGCCCUUAUUCGGAGGGCAGCUAACAAAUGUGAUUGGUUACG